AGCAUUGAAACAGGCGCGGUCAAAUGGUGGGUAUGUUAAGCACAUAUAGAGGUAACUACGGUGUGCAUAUAUACAUACAUGUAUGCACGUACAUGCCUAUAUCAUCUGCGUAACGCGGCGCCCCGUAUAAAAGUGGAUACUGACAAGGUAUUGUCGAUAAAGUCGCGGCGUUAUCUUAAGAGUUAUUGUCAAUUGAAUCGGAUGCUAUAAACUGCAGGUCGCUUCUGUUUGCUCUAAUUUGUGAAUGAAAAUGGAAAAGGAUAUUCAAGGAUGUUUGUUUAUUUGGGUACUCCUCCUGAUAGUGCCCAUAAUCCUUCCGGUUGAAUCCCAAAGGCUUAAUCCAACAAUCCUCCAAGACAGUCGCGAUCUACCAACUCCAGAAGGUUCUUUCGGAUUUCUCUACCGUACCGAAGACGGAAUCGCCCACGGAGCCAGGGGCGAUCCAAACGGUCAAGUACAUGGCAGAUUCACUUACACCGAUCCAACCGGGUUAAAAGUGAACUUUAACUACAACGCCGGUUCGAGGGCAACCCCCGGUUACAAUUACAACGACGUUCAACAACAACAACAACAACAAUCUGCAAUAAGAGAUCGCCAGCCUGCGCCACCUGCAGUAGAAGAAAUCCAAGAAUAUCAAGAACGACGAAACAGUCAACCACCAAGGCCAAUAUUGUACGCUACGAAAAAUGCCCAACGGACUCCCCAACGGGCAGAAUCAGUGUCACCCGUUGAAGAUACUAACGACUACGAUAAUUAUUACGAUCAACCAAGAAGGAAUUCUGGAAGAAACGCCAAUUAUUAUGACGAACAACAACCAAGAACGUAUUCUAGAAGAGCUGAUACCAACAAUUAUAAUGACGUUUCUUAUUAAAUAACUAUUAUGGGUAACCAGCAGAAAAUUUAAUACACCAUAGACUGAUGUGCUUGAAAAAAUGGACUUACUGUUAUUCGACGGUUUAUGAAGUGCAGUAAAAUAUUUUCUACAAGUGUAUAAAUAUUUAAAGUACGUAUGAUGUAGGUAUUAAGACAAUCACUUACACGUGGUUUUAAGUAAUUUCUAGAAAUGGUAAGCAUGAUAUGUACAGUACAAAUAAAUUUUACGAAUAAAGACAAUUUAUCUACCA